AUGGCUAGUAGUAGCAACAGCGCCGUUGAGGCUCGCCCUGUUCCGAGUACUUCGUCUCAGAGUGAGUUGUCAGCAUCCACGGACCUCGCAAUGAACACAUCCACACCCCCGCGGCCGUCCCUUUCGACGUCCCUAUCCGACUUUGCCCUCAGUUCCAGUUCCUCUUCACCCUCCGUCCUGGAUGAUUCGAACCAGUCCAAGGAUGACGCGACACCGCUCUUAAAGAAGGUUCGGCGUCCUACGAUUUCGAGUUGGUGGCUGGGACUCGAUCAACGCGUCAACUCGCCGCUUGCAAACACGUUCACCCUUCCGUAUCCAAGCUCCAGGAAGGGCAAGGAGCGGUCUAUGGACGGCGAUGGCGAAGGAGAAGACAUGGGAGGCGGGUUCCGGGACAAGGAUAGAAUGACGACAGGCAGCUCAUCACCCUCGAGUGAAUCAGAUUACUCGAUGCGCCAGAUACGUUUCGAUAAUCCACGCAUGGAGGAGGUCUCAGAACGUCCAAAGUCAUCGCCCAUGGACAUCUCGCGCUCCGCAAGUCCGGCGUCCGCGUUGAAGCCGCCCGCUGAUAUACUAGAUGCCCCUGGUCCUUCGCACUCGCUGCCGCUGCCCAGGCGUUUGUCGGCCCCCCCUAAACCUGCUCGACUGCUGUCGUUGAGAGCCGAGGCGCGUCCGGACGAAAUUGAGGUCAAACACGAGGCGCAGGUCCAGCGUCUGUUGGCUUCCUUCUCCGGGUUGCCGCCAGGGUUAGGACCCACCCGCUCGGCCCGUACAGCAUCCAAUAGGGGUCGCUUCCCGGAAGAGGCAGGCGAAGACGAAGAGUUUCAAAGGGAGGAUACGCCUAGCGAUGACGGUGAAGUUAAAGAUGAUGUAUCAUCAACGAUAUUCAACUACAAAGUUCCGGUUGGGAGCGAUCCUAUCAACAUCGCAAAGCCAUCUACUCCUGUUCCGAGCGUACUUGGCACUCCGGAGGGCAGCCAAGGAUGCUUCAGAGGAAUCUCCGAGAGCCCGGGAAUGGAUAUUGACGUGCCAAUGUAUGCCAUAGGAUCUCCUGCAAUUCCACCGCCAGUUGUUCCGCCACAGCAGUGGCGCCAGACACCUCCACCGACUUCGGCAAGCAGUGCGGUCAGGACAGCUAAACGAAAAUAUGAAGACCGCUUUGACCCAUAUGCGCCCUCGGCGAAGCGGCGUGCUGUAUCGCCCUCGAUAUCUCAUCUGAAGGAUCGCGAUCUAGUUUCACCUAUCGUCAUCCCUCGGUCGCCAGUUCUCAAACCGCGGAAAUCAUUCAGUCAAUCACAGACAAACUCGACUACGUCCUCUCCCACAGUUUCCAACAGUGCAUCAGGCUACUUUAAUGGCAACGGGAAUUUAUAUUCGUUGCCUUUGUCAGGAAAUGGUCACCACAGAUCGGGCUCGUCGUCGUCGGUUGUCUCGUCUCCGACUGUGCGGGCGUCUAUGAUUCUUGCGAGUCCUAUAUUGCGACCCGUCCCACGUUUGGCUGCUGGAUUGAGACGAGCAGCAGAGGACGAGGAGAAGAUUGUGGAUGGAGCGGGAGAGAACCUGAAAGAACUGAAUAUUGGCCGAAGUUAAUCCUAUCAUACUGGUCCCUUUACUCAUGUUUCGCAUGGCAGAUUAUGAUUUCAUUAUUCACGCACUCGAUGCAUUUUAAGUCUCUUAUCACAGCCGCUCUGUUUAUGUACACUUGUAGUGUAACGUUUAGUUAGCAAUAUUGUAGACUCUUCGU